UUAGCCAGCCAUUCAUUUAUCCAGCCUAAGGUCCAGUCCCAGCGAGACCAGAUAAGAGGGAGUCUACUGUCCACCAUAUCCAGUGUCUGCCUAAAAAACAACUAAAUCUAACAAUCUGGGGUUUGAAUUGUCUACACUGAUCGCUAUUUUGGCAUGCAUAUUUCUAUGGUGUAUUUACAUCUUGUAUUUCCCUUUACUUGCUGGCAGCUGAUGUUCAUUUACAUCUACUGUGCUAAUGGAAUUCAAUCAAUGUAUGUUAAACCACCUGUAGAUAUAACAGUAAAAGGAACUGACUGUGAAAAGUUCAAUGUUUCAUGGAAUAGUAACCUAACUGAAGAUGAAAUUGGUAACUACACUGUCAAAUACGUCUACAGAGAUGAUGCAUUUGAUGAGGAUGAGCUUUUUCUGCUUGAGAGACAAUCUUGGAGACAAACAUCAGUGUUUUCCUUUGCAGAAGUUCAAACAGUGCUAUGUAAUGAUACACAUACAAUUGCCAAAAGUGAAUGGGUUAAAUUUAACCUUUCAACUGUUUUGUAUGCAGGCUCAACUACAAUAUUUUUGGAAGACAUCUCAUGUGUGAUCUUUGAUGAGAGAAAUCUUAACUGUACCUGGAUCACUAGCAAGAAAGCACAAAAUGAUUCACAGUACUUCUUUUCUGCUUGCACUCAAGGAAAAAAACUGACAUGUGAGCACUACUGGAAAACAUUACAUCACCAGCACACUGGAUGCCAUAUUCAGAAUAAUAAUAAAAUAGCAGAAUUAGUUUAUGCUUGUGUACAUGUAUUAAGUGGUCAAUCAUUGAGUGCUAUAGAGUGUAAGCAGUUUGAGCCUUACAAAAUAGAGAAAUUAAAUCCACCUAAAAAUUUAUUUGUGGAUGAGGAAAUGAAACUUAAGUGGGGUCCACCAAAUACUUCUAUUAAAAACAUGGACUGUUUUAUCUAUCAGUUGAACGAGUCUGCACUACUAAGGAAAAUGUGGAAGGUGAUUGACAACGAUAGAUCAACUAUAUAUCAACCUGCAGUGAACAUAAAAACAGAAAAGUACUCAUAUCAAGUUAGAGUAAAGAAGUCACAGUUGUGUCUUGAAAAUGAGAUUUGGAGUGAUUGGAGUUCCCCUGUUUUUAUUGGAGAGGAUAUAGAUGAGAAAAUCCGCUCUACACGUAAUUACAUUCUCCUGUCAAUGGUAUUUUUGCUGUCACUGUGUGCAGCAGCACUCUGUGUCCGCUUCCACUUGGCGAACAAGUUGUUUUAUAUACUGUUACCACCAAUACCAAGCCCUUCAAACAAAGUUAAAAGCAUACUAAUGUUAGAAGAAGUUGGUUUUCAGAAAUUUAUGAAUGCUCCAGUGAAGAAAGUAGAAGAGGUUGUUAUUGCAGAUUUUCUCAAAGAAGAAGAAAUGAAAUGAGAGGCACAGUGGAUUAUUGUGUAUUUUUUCAACAUAGUUUAUGCAAUAUUUCUAUUUUAUAUAAGAAAUUGAAAAUAAGAACAAAUAAAACCACAGAGUAAACAAAAUGACUACUUGUCCCAAGAAAAAUGUGAGAAUGUAUUGCAUAGUUCUGUAGUAUAUAUUGCUGUAGCUGCCAGUGAAUGAAUCACAUGGAAAACUCAUAUUAAACUUCAGAAAUAUA